AUGACAGCCAAGACAGCCGUCGCGACGUUCGCCGCUGGCUGCUUCUGGGGUGUUCAGCUCCACUUUCAACGCAUGCAAGGCGUUCUGGGUACUAGCGUCGGCUACACCAACGGACACGUGCCCCAUCCGACGUACGACCAGGUCUGCGCGGGCACGACGGGCCACGCCGAGGCAGUCCGCGUCCAGUUUGACCCGAGCGUCGUGUCGUACGACGAGCUCCUUGACAAGUUCUGGUCGAUCCACGACCCAACGACGCUCAACCGACAAAAGUUUGACAUUGGCACGCAGUACCGGUCGGGGAUCUACUACCACUCGGAAGCCCAGCGUGAAGCUGCCGAAGCCUCCAAGGCUGCCCGUGUGGUUCCAUGGAGCCUUCUAGGCGUCUUCUUUGGCAACAAGAUUGUCACCGAGAUCGAGCCCGCGGGCGAGUUUUACCCUGCCGAAGAGUACCACCAGCGGUACCUUGAAAAAGGCGGGCAGUGCGCGCGCGUCGGCACCACCGACCGCGUCCGAUGCUACGGCUAACACACCACCAAGGACGAC